GCUAAUCGUCGCAGCUGGAAUGGAUUUGGGCGCCGUUGUAAUACCUCCCAAUGAAACCACGCAGCUGCCUGCCUGCCCACCUGAGCGCCGUUUUCAUUAGUUCACGCGUUUCGCCUCACAAAGCGCAAGCCCCACUCCCUUCUGAAACGCUCGGGCCCUUUUUUGACCCUGACCCCUGACCCCACCCCACGCAACACUCACAGCGUUAACCUCAUUGCCGGUCACGCGUGGCGCGUAGCGUGCGUUUGUCGCGCAUUCCUCCUCCCCCCCCUGUGCGGGAGCGCGCUACCAAGCGCGCGCGCCGCUACGGACCGGGGUAUCGGUAGCGCGGGUACCGCGGUCAUCCUCAGGUGUCUUUCUUUGUACGCACCGUAAAUCACACGUGGACUCGAGGAGCCGCCUGCCAUGAGGCCUUUUUUCUUUUUUUCAACCCACUUUGGCUCACAUGGAGGAACCAUCACUGUGGCGUGUACCCUACACAUAUUAUAUCCCGAAGAAAAAGAGAAAAUAAGGGAGAGCGCCGCACAGAAGAAGGAAAAAAAAAGCAAGAGGCGGCCGGGGGCGGGGGGCGGCGGCGGGGGGGGGGCGAAUAGCUGGGAGUGAGAGGAGGAAUCUGGCAAAAGAAACAUGGGAAGAACAACAGGAAGGGAAAGUGGAAGGAGCAGGGCGUAACACGAAGACAGCGGGCCUGGAUAAAUCAGCUGGCUGCGGUGACACUCGGCCCUCCGGCCCCCGGCAACGCUCGGCCGCACACUUCCGCAAAAACACUGCGUCAAUUUAAGACCGUAGGAAAAAGAACAACGUUCAUGGGUCCACCAUGUUCCCUGCUAACCUCCUGCUCCUCAUGGUCCUGCUGCUACCUCAAGCCUCAUUCAGUCGCCAGAGCAGAGACUCCAGCGAGAUUGACCAUGGCACGGUGUCCUCCCCUACCUCCUCCUUUUCUCCUUCCCCACCGCUCGGUCCUCUCCUGGAGCCCAGUCUGGCUAAGACCAUCCAGAGCAUUCUCCUGAGCCGUCUUGGCCUGCAGUCCCAACCCGACCCCAGGCCUGGCAUACCCGUUCCCCAGUAUGUCCUGGACCUGUACCGCUUCCACCAGCAGCAGUACCACCUGGUGGAGGACCCCUCUUUCAGCUUCCCCACCCAGCAUGUCCAGCAGGCCAACACUGUGCGCAGUUUCCACCACACCGAGCGCCUUGCGAAGGGUCCGACAACAGAGGAUCACAGGAGGAUGCACAUCUCCUUUAACGUGUCCUCCAUUCCCCCGGAUGAAAGAGUAGUCUCUGCCGAGCUGCGCCUCCUCCGCAAUGGAAAGGUCUCCUUCGGCCCCGGAGCCCACAGACUCAGUGUGUACCUCUCGGAGAACCAAGGGGGACCUGAACCUACCCUGCUGGAAACAAGGGUACUCACCGCUAAGCCUUACAACAGUAGAGCCAGUGGUUACUGGGAAGCGUUUAGCCUUAGCGCAGAGCUCCUCCGCAAGGCCCUUGCCGGGAUAGGUGAGCUAAGCUUCGUCUUGGAGGUCAGCCCUGAGAAUAGCUCGGUCUCGCCACGUAACCGGGGCCUUUCCUCUGCUGUGGAUGAGAAGGAACACGGGGAGAGACACAGAGAGGGACACCUUAGGGUGCGCAGGUCCUUAGGACAGGACGAGCACAGCUGGGCCCAGGAGAGACCUCUGUUGGUGACUUACAGCCAUGACGGGCGUGGAGAGCCUCUGGUCACACAUGGCAGGAGGACCCCUAGUGCUGGCUACAGGAUAAGGGGAAGGAAAAGCUCUAAAGACAGGGUAAGGAGUGGUAGCAAAGACCACGGCAGAGCCAAAGACUGGGGAAAGGCCAAAAGAAAGGGGUAUUCAGGACCAGGCUGGGGAGGCGAUGGGAGAAGAUUGAGCUGGAGCGAUCGAGGGAGGGUCAAAAGAAAUGGGGGUCGCGCUGCAAAGCUUAAACGCCUCUCCCGUGCCCGAUGCCGCCGCCACCCUCUCUAUGUGGACUUCAACGAUGUGGGCUGGCACAAGUGGAUCAUCGCCCCCAGCGGUUACGAUGCGUUCUUCUGCCUGGGAGAGUGCAGCUUCCCUCUGGCCGACCAUAUGAACUCGUCUAGCCAUGCCAUGGUGCAGACGCUUGUGAACUCUGUGAACGGUGCGGUGCCCAGGGCCUGCUGCGUACCCACCUCCCUCAGCCCCAUCGCCCUGCUCUACCUGGACCCUCAAGAUCGAGUGGUUCUCAAAAACUACCAGGACAUGGUUGUGGAAGGCUGCGGCUGUCGGUAGUGAUUGGUAGAGUUUCACCCAGAGAGAGAGACAGCCAGAGGAGCAUGGAGGGAAAAGGAGGGGGGAACCGAAAUGUGAUGAGGGGUAGUAUGGAUAGGAGAAGAGGCUAGAUGCCACAGCAAAUUCUGAUUGAAAUAAUGUGGCCAGACUGAGGAAGAGGGGUGGAUAGGGAGUGGACGUUGCAGCGAAAUCGAAAGGGAGGAGGGGAAGAGGGGGGACAGACAAGACACGGUAUCUUCGGGACCAAAAAGCAAACGAAACAAAAAGAAAGAAGGGAAUACGGUCAAAACAUUGGGAAUGCAUUUAUAGUGCAUCAAAAUAUUCAUGAUGAUUAUGCUACAACCUAUUUGUUUUGUGACGGGAAACCAACGCCCGAACAUCAGCAGACGUCUACACGAUAUAUUCCAGUGUUUGCUUUACUACUCAUCUAAUUCUCAUGAAUGACUCUCUAACCGGCAGACGCAUGCAUUCCACUACUGCAGAGGGAGCAGCCAAGAAAACUAAAAAUGAAAAGAAAAAAAAAGAA